GAGAAACAUGAAUACAAUUUUGCCAUAAACUGAAUUAACACCAGGUUGUUUCAUUAUUGUCUUCUUAACCUCUCUUUGCCUUUAUGAUUUGAAGAGGGAGAUUAUUAAAAAGAUACAAAUCAAUGCCAUGUGAUGCACAAGUUAUAGUAUAUAUAUAAAUAUAUGUAUAUGAAUUGGGUAAAUAAUAGUAAUAAUAAUAAUAAUAAUAAGCAGGCGAUACAUGACUUUAAAACCUGUGGACGAUAUAUACAGGAUGUAUUUUGUUGAAAUUGAUUAAUAUUGACUUCAACAAAUUUUAUUGUUUAUUAUCCAAAUUCUAGAAUUUGAAUUUUUUUUUGGGAGAGUCUGAUUAGUUGCAGUUUUUCAUUUUGAAGAAAAUAAUUGGUCAUUGUUUUGUUUGACAAAUUCCAAAAAGUUUCAAAGUGACAAAUUGAAUUCAAAAACAAAAACAAAUUGAAACAAAAAAGGUAAACACAGAAUUACAUGGUGACCACAGAAAAUUAAAAUGUAAAUUCUGGGACAUUUCAGGAUUUUCCAGGACAAAAUUGUUUGAUAUUCCAGGACAAUUCCAGCACAAAUUGCUAACCUUAAAAAUCACAAGCCUAAUAACACUUUUGGAGAAACAAGCAAUUUUUUGAGAUGCAUGAAAUGCAACUUAGAAAUAUUGUGUGACCACUAGAAGCCAGAUAUGUUACAGCAUUUUAAAAACUUCGUUUUAAAUUAACCCUUUCAACUUUGUGAUCUGCAGGUUGGGGUUCCACGAUGUGGAGUCUUAAAUUUGCCCACAUAUUUCUGAAGGAGUGAAAUAACAAAAGAAUACUAUGACGCUUUGGAAAGAUCUAAACGUCUCUCAAAAAGUCGUGAAGCUUUGUUAUUGAAUACAGAUAUGCCAAACUCUACAAUAAAACCUGAAGAUCUUGUUAUCUACACAAGGUGGCUGGUUUGCCACUUUCAUUCCAUGAAAAAAAUCCAGUCAUUUUUUAAGGUGAUCCAAUGGAUUCCACAAUCACACUUAAAAGUUGUAAACUUUAAAACAGAAGAAGACAUCAAACAAUUAAAAAGUAUUUCAGUCAAACGUUCUGAAAAUUCUCUUUCAAGUUUACACAUCUCUCCAGGGAAUAGUGGGGAUGGUGUUAAACCUACGUUUCGAAAACAUGCAUCCUCUCUGUGGAAAUACACGGUUCAAAGUAAAAUUAUUCAAAAACCAUCAUCUCCUGGAUUGCCAUUAUUAAGCAUGAAAUUAGAAGAUUUCUCUAGCUUGUUAGAUUGCCUACUUUCCGUGUUUGGUAUUGACAUGCGAUGUGUAGAUAUACGUGAUUCGUCUGAUGAGAUUGACAUGCUUAAUUUAGCAUUACGAAAAUUUAAACAGAUUCACUACAGGCAAAGUCGAUCGCAAAGAUUUGAGACAUAUGAAUUGUUGAAACAAGAUAAAGGAGCAAGCGUUAAAGGAGUUGAGCCGAUCAUCUACAGGAAAGAAAGCAACUGGUUACCCUAUAUUCAAAUAAAGUCUGAUAUAGAUGGCUCACGACUAUCAUUUGUUACGAAAUUGGAAGAACAAAGUCAUAUUGACGAAAUGCUUGCUCUUCAGUCACAAUUUCUUCACAUAGAGUCAUCUCAGGAAGUGAUCUACUUUCUCAGGGAACACAUGAAACGAACGGAAGAUUUCCUUAAAAUUUACCCUGCCUUUGUAACGUCAUACGCCAAUGAUAAAGCUACAGGAGAGAUAUGGAACAAUAUAUUUUGUAGUAAAACGAGCGGAAAAGGUGCUUUAAAUUAUGAUCUAGAAUUUGGUACUAAGAUUUUUGACGAUAAAAUUAUAAAGACAGGUCAUAGUGAAUUUGAUAUCCACGAAUCUGUUCUGAAGCUUGGUUUGCAAACCGACGACAUCAAAAGACAUUCAAUCACUAGUAAUGGCGCAUACCUUUCCAUGCUUAUGUUACGUCACUUACAAAUUAAAGAAUAUCAACAAAUGUGUAAGGACACGUUGAAUUAUUUCCGUUCUGUGGAAAGAACGUUAACGAUAAAUGAUGUUGGUUUAUUAAUGAGGGAAAACUCUGAGGAAGAGAAGUUUCUCUUACCGGAAGAAUCAAAAGGUUUGGGAUCACAUCAAUACAUGCAUAAUUCACCGGCCGAUUACGCUGUGGAUUCUGGUGAAAAAAUGACAAGGUUAAAUAAUCACGAUGAUUUUUAUACAUUUAAAGAUGAUCGCAUACUUGUGCAAGAUCAAAAGGGAUAUUACGUCAUGUAUGAUGCUGCACUGAGGGAUUAUAAGUGUUUGGAACAAGAGCUGCUCCUGGUGUGUUCUCAUUUCAUCAAAAGGUUCGCCCUGGUAGAGAAAUCUGGUAUAAACGACAUCGAUCUUAAUAAGAAAAGUAGUAGAAAAGUUGAUAGAUUUCGUGUAUUGUUGGAUAUCUGGGAGAGCGAAAUAUUAUUUUGUCAAAAGAAAAGAAAUCUCCUGGAUUGUUAUUUUGAAGUUUAUCAUCACUGCGUAAGCAAGGAAGAAAGAAAAAGUCUGGCAAAAAUCAUGAUGACUAUUAUGAAACAGCGUCCACGUAUUGACUUUAAUGAAAAAUAUUUUGUGAAAGCUUAUCAAUACGAGACCCUCCUUUUGCGAUCUCACUGUGAUUUGGUUAAAUCAAUCAUCGACGAGCAUAUUGUCGAUCAAAGGCAAUAUAUUCAGAAAUUAUAUCGAGAUGGUCAACAGAAGUUCGGUUUACCGUUGAAGGUUGUGCCAAUACAAAGUAUUUCUGUCAAUACAAGCCGUCCUGCAUUAAAAAAUAUUUUCAUGCUUGAGUUUCACCCGUCCUUGGCCAUAAUUUCGUCUCUGCCAGAUGUAUUACGUCAAGCAUAUCGAGAACUUAUUCAUACGCAUCAACCAGACACGACAACAAAGAAAGUAUUUCUAGAAUUGAAAUUAAUCAGAACGGUACAGAAAUGCUGGAACGAGAAGAAGAAUUUAUCCUUGAUGUACUCCAAACAAGUUAACAGAGACUUCUUUUCUGAUGUGUUUGUUGAAGAUCCGAUUCUCGUUUGUCAAGUUGGCGAAACCAUGACAACUGUCGAAAAUAUGCGUGGAAGUCGCAUUAUGAGGACGGAAGAAAUCAAAAAAAUGAUCACCAUAUGGUCAAACCUACUUGAAGCCAUAACUUAUCGACAGCGAUUAAUGACUGCUUUGAACGAAACCAGUAUUUUAUUGAACGUGUAUGAACAGCACGCUAAAAAUGUCGGCGUUGAUGAAUGCAAUGCGCAUUUGCGACCUGUUUCUUUUGACUUUGCGAAGGUAAAACCGGUUGUAAACCAGAGACCGUUCACUUUGAAGCAGCUGCUAGAAGAUGAAAGCAGAAUGGACAGGUUCAUACCAACUCACUUAUCCUUAGCGAUCGCAGAAUUAGAUGAAAAACAUUUAGCUGCAUUCAGCUUUCGAAAUCGUGAAGGUCUGGUUAAUAUUUUGCAAGGAAGUAAUCUCGAUAAGCUUGCUCUUGCCUUGAUGACCCAAGUGUGCGAAAAAAACUUACUUGCAUCGACAAUUCAGCAAGUUAAUGGUUGUUUAAAUCUUUUGCGACGAAAGAAUCAGGAUGCGUUUCUAAAUGAAGAAGAGGCCUCCUACGACACCAUGAUAAAGCCAUCUCUUGCAGAUGUUGUCAAGCAGUCCGCUUUGUUAGCUGUACAAAAUAGAAAAGUAAGAGUGCAUGAAAAGUUGAAGCAAGCUCUCGUUUCGGUGCAAGCAGAGAAAACAUUUUUUCGAGACAAAAUGUUAAUCGAAUAUAUUCAUAUCAAGGAGAAGAAAGGAAUACAGACGACAGAAGACAUUCUGAGGGUUAAAAAACAUGUUGUUUCUGCUUUCUGUGUGAACUUACAAGGUCGGAUAGCCCAGCAUGCAUUGCGUGCGCAAAUCCUUUCAUAUAUAUACAGCUUGGAAAUUUUGCUCGGAGAUUUUCCUGUCACCAGAGAUGCGCACUUCAUGUUCGGUUGUGAAGACGAUGAGAAGAAUGUUUCGGAUGAAAUUUCAAUUGAUCCCGACAUACUUGCGAAAAGACCACAGGCGAUGCUUUCAAGGGAUGGCAAACUUCUUUUAAAUUUAUGGUACAUUCCACACUACACUGAGAUCGUUCAAAUCUACGCCGAAUGCGAUGAUGAUGAAUGCGAAAGAAGACUGACAUUAAUAUUAGUAAGUAUCGAACUGCAUAAAGUUCCCACUGCUUACAGCGAGUGUGGGUACCAAGUCAUGGGAAUCAAAUCACAGCAUACCGUCAGGUCGAAGAAAGUAAAGCAUGUUUUUUUAAAGCAGAAGAAAUUAAUUUCCUCUCUCCAUGACAUCUGCCAGUAUUUAUGUGGGCAUGCGAGGUCGGGUAGUUCUCAUGCAAGGAUGGGGUCCCACAAACUCGAUUUUUCUGGCGUUACUGCUGAUUGGGGUGGAACUGAAGGCAUAGGCGCAGAAUUAAGAGAGAUUCAAAAACAGAUUAACGAGCUGGACUCAUCUUUAGACCCUGAGCAGGUGGCUUUCUUCCUUGAGCGUAAACGGGAUGUAAUGUUUCUGGAGUUCCACAUUGCAAUGAGUCAUUCUGUUGGCGAGACUUUCCUAUCCAGUGGCAAUAAGACUGCAUACCAAAAAGUGGUUAACGGGAUGGAGAUGGCAUUAGAGGUUCUAAGCAAUGCAAAAAGGCGUGUGUACAGUAGUUUCAAAUUAGAUAUCCCGGAACCGCUCGAAGAAAACGAAGAAAGAACACGUCAGCUUUUACCAUGGAGGAGUUUUAUUAAUAGAUGCGGCUCCACAACUGGUUUAUAUAAUAGCUUUUACGACAUCGCUUUCCAGAUGCAACUUCCGUUGUUUGAUCUAAAACCAACCGACAGGCACGUUGUUCACGGUGAAAUUCUCGGAAUGUCUUUGUUGUUAGAAGAUAUCUUAGCCGCUGGCUCGCCUAACAGCUUAAUAGAAGCUAUCUCAAGUUCUGCAAGAUGCCAUUCAAAUGCUCGUUCCAGACCUGUACCUAACCGAAAAUCUGAAUGUUUAACUCGUACUUAUCCGUUAAGUAUUGCACGCACGUCAGAGAAUUUCCAGCAAGGAGAGUUAUCCAUGCAAAAGACUCCACUCCAAGCUGUUGAAUUUAUUUACUCUUUUUUGCUGUUAUGGGCGAGGCUAGAAUCAGUGAAACACAUAUGGGCUUGUCAACGCCUUAACACGUUAAAUAUCGACACAACAAAAAUAUACUCCAGCUUUUCGCACGUGUUUAAACACGAGGUAGUUUAUGUUGUGUACAAACAAAUGUUAUCAGUCUCUGGUAACGACGUUAACCCAGAUCAUAUUGUGGUCGAUGAUAAUGAAGUUAUUCAGAUCCCGGAUAAUGUAAAAGAAUAUGAGAUAAAAGUGCGUCAACUGUCGCGCUUGUUAGAGCUGUUGGAAUGUAACAUGGUGCAAGAUUGUACUCGGGAGAUGUCACGAAAGCAUACCCUGGUUUUGGCUGAGAGAGUACGUGAAGAUCCAACACUACCAACAGAUUUGUGGAAGCAGGCUUCCAUAAAAGAAAACUUCACCGUCCAAAAGUCUCACAUAGUCGAAGAUUUUGUCGAUGAUAUCAACGCAUGUAAAGAUGGUGCUUCCGUUACGUUGGAUCUCAAGCAUUUUGAUAAAUGUUUAACGAGGUUAGCAACUGCUUGUAUGCAACGAGAAAAAAUACUAUAUGUCAGCUACGCGUCAUUUUACGAAAAUCUACUUCGUCUGCAAAACCAAACGUUGUAUAUAAAAGAACAAAAAAUCAAGCAGUUAAAGAAGAUAAAUCAAUGCAACGAGGAGUCGACGAUAGUGAAGAUAGAUUGUGGUUUGGCUGAUAAAUGUUAUUCGCUGCUUAUCGAAGUUACGGCUCUUAGAGCCAAGAUAGACGAGUUGACAAAAGUUGUUGAAGAAAAAGAAAAAAUUUUGGCCGGUAGUCUGAAGGAACAAUAUAAAGAAUUAGUCGAGAAUUUAUUUUACAAUGCUUUUAACAUGAAAGCCCGAUUUGAGCAGUUCCAGACAUCUUUGCAUGUAGACUUUCACCAAACACUGACGCAGGUAAGACGAGUUGCUGUUGAGAAGCUACGAAAUGUCCGUGUAAAGUUUGGAUUUGACAAUGCAGUAGACAUGCACAGUCAUCGUUUAAUAAUGGCGGAAGCAUUUAGGGAGUCAAAUUGUGAAAACAAGAAGCUGUCAACGGUAAUAAAUAAAUUAAAAGCUUUACAUACUUGGAACAAAGUGAAAGAUAAAUCAAAAUGCACCGAAGAGGUUUUAAAAUAUCAGAAAAUUGCUGCAAAGGCAACGAAGCUGUCUCUAGAAAAUAGUGUGAUUCACGAGGAGAAGGAGAUUCUGUUGCAAAAAGAGCAAGACGCCUUAAGGAGUAUUUUAGUAACCCUCGAGCAAGAGUGUGAACGAUUACGUAAGCAUUUGCAGAACGAGCACAGAAUGCAAUCACAAAAAUCACACGCGUACUUGCAAGAAGCGCAAAGUUUGAGUCAUUUGGAACUCGCAAAAUCAUCCAAUUUAGAAAAGUUAGCAAACGAAUUAAAAGAGAAAGAAGUAGAGUUACAAUUGCUACGAAACGCAAAUGGAGCUGAUAGAAGAUUUUCUGCAAGAUCAACAUCCGAGUCGAAGAGGUUAUUGAAGGAGACAAUGCAACAGGUGAACCGUGAGCGACAAAUGAAGCUGGAUGCUUUUGAAAGAGCAGACGAAUUGCAAAAGAAGGUCAAUGAUCUCGAACUAAAAUUGGUAAAUAUUUUGUCUAAGGAAAAGGAGUCCUACCAUGAGACGUGCUUUCCUCCAGUGCCAGGCGGACGUGUCUCCCCCCAAAAGAUGAGACCAUCAACUCAAGCGGCAAGUAUCUUGAGUUGGAAAGUUUGCCCAAUUUUAGCUGGGGAAUCAAGACCAAAAUCUUUUGACCCUUCAAAAAGAAGAGUAACGCCGCAAAGUCGUACAACGAAUACAAAGAAAAAUAAAUCGGAAUUUUCUCUGAACAAAAUUCAUAUAAAUGCUUUUCCUUGAUACGUGGGAGUUUUUUUGCAAUAUCAACAGGUCUGUAACGUCUUGUAAAAACAUUCUGGAAGGUUCUGAAACUUGUUUGUAUUAAUAGAAAUUCCAGAAAAAUUCUUCAAUUUUUGGUGCCUUUA